UGCGGGGAUGCCGCCAACUCUUGACCUUUCCGACGUCCUAGAUUACGUACCCAGUCGUGUCCCACGGCUCUACCGAUUUCAUACUAAUAUUCCGAUAGGCGACUAUCUUUCGUUGUUACCACCACCCCUUUCGAAUACCACCUCGAUUUUUUUGGCGGCUUCUUAUCACAAACUCAGUUUGAGGAACUAACAUUCCUAACCCUCGUUCCCAGCUUUCGAGCUAAAGCUGCUGUUCACGCGGGGACUAACCCUCCUCGCCGCCUUGCUAAAUAGACAAUGUUGUCCCAUGCAGCAAACUUAUAUUUCAUCCUGUAGUCGUCAAUUUUCGUCUUGAAAGCUGAUGAUUCCAUAAUUUUUUGGUUUCUUCUUUCCCGGGUCUCUCCAUUCACCAUUGAUAACCCUUCACCAUGUCGGAGGAAUCUCACGAAAAAGACUUCACCAAGUCGGAUAUGAAACAAGACGUAAACGAUCACGAUGUGAAUGAGGGGAUGGAGCUCUCUCUCGAGGCCAAGCUUGCCAAUGACGAGGAACACGCCAUGUCGACCUGGGAGGCCAUCAAGACGUACCCAAUGGCCAUCAUGUGGGCCUCUGUCUUUGCCACCUCCCUGAUCAUGGUCGGAUACGACUCGGGUAUCCUGUAUACUUUCUAUGCCCUGCCAGCCUUCACGAAAAAGUACGGCACCUACUAUGGCGCCGACAUUGGCUACGAGGUGUCGGCAAAGUGGCAGAACGUCCUUGGUAUGGGUACUCCGGUCGGCCAGUUCCUAGGUGCCUUCACUGCAUCGUGGCCCAUGGAGCGAUGGGGCCGCAAGAAAGUUUUUGCCUGUUCCCUUUUCUUCACCACCGCCUUUGUUUUCCUCCAGAUGUUUGCUCAAGACAUCCAUACUCUCGCUGCUGGAGAGUUCAUGGCCGGUAUUCUCUACGGAACCUACGUUGUAUUGGCGCCGACUUAUGCGUCUGAAGUCUGCCCGGUUGCUCUGCGUGGUAUUCUUAAUGCGGGAAUGAACCUGGCUUAUGUGAUUGGACAGUUUAUUUCCUCCGGCGUCGGCGAUGGUGUCGCUUUGUGGACGACCCAGUGGGCUUACCGAGUUCCAUUUGCGAUCCAAUGGGUCUGGCCGCCCGUGCUGGUUGUUUUCCUAUGGUUUGCCCCUGAGUCCCCCUGGUGGCUAGUUCGUCAAGAACGCUACGAGGAGGCUGAGAAUUCUCUGCGACGACUGGUUAGAUCAUCCGCCAACAUAAACAUCAAGGCAAAGCUGGCAAAUAUGCAAGCAACCACGAAGCAUGAAGCCGAGAUGGAGGAGGACACCAGCUACAUCGAGUGUUUCCGCAACACCAACCGAAUCCGCACCGAAGUGGCCAUGAUGGUGCAGGUAUGGCAGGUUAUUACCGGUAUCUCUCUCAUCGGAUACGCUGUCUACUUCUUCGAGCUUGCUGGCCUCCCCGUCUCGGCAUCAUUCGACAUGGGUGUGGGAAACACGGCCAUUGGUUUCGUCGCGACCUGCAGCUCGUGGUUUAUGAUGGCAUACUUUGGACGUCGAACUCUCUUCAUGACCGGCGUCGGAAUCAUGGCUAUCACGCAGAUCAUCAUCGGCAUCCUGGACUGUAUUCCCAACUACGACUCUCACCCUGGUCUUGCUUGGGCACAAGCGGGAUUCCUUGACCUCCUCACAUUCGUCUUCCAGAGCACUGUGGGCCCCAUUAACUUCGUCAUUUUCUCGGAGAUUGGUUCAACUCGUCUCCGCUCACAGACUUGUGCUCUGGCCACUUCUACCGGUUCCAUCUUCCAGAUCGUCAUGACAAUCUCGGUACCUUACAUGCUCAACGCAUCGUCUGCCAAUUGGAGAGGCAAGACAGGUUUCUUCUUCGGAGGCCUCAGUUUGCUGGCGACCAUCUGGUGUUGGUUCCGAUUGCCAGAGACGAAGGGUCGUACCUAUGAUGAAAUGGACUACAUGUUCGAGUCCAAGGUUCCCAUCAGGCAGUUCAAGACAUACAAGGUCGAGACUAUCGAAGGUCAAAACGUGAAGCAGACUGUAUAACAUAUUUAUUCUGUAUACCAAGCUGGCUAUUAGGCUUCUUUAGGCGAGAUACUGAUGAGGAAGAGGCUUAUAGUAUUUUUAGUUUGAGCUAAAUUAUUUUCCAAUGCUAGCUAUAUGGAAUACUCUAGUCAAUAUUACUUUUUGAUUUUUAUUUCUC